AUGAACCUCAACAAGAAAUUUCCACAUGCUAUCAAUGAUGUUAUUAUCGUCAAAUGCCAGAACAAUUACUAUUAUGCGAAAAUAAAAAGCAUCGACAAACGACGUCGCAAGUGUAAGGUCUUAUUUGAUGACAAGUCUACAGAUGAUCUACCCUUUAGUGAUAUCUACAGCGUUGGCGAUACCACUACGGAAAUCGUCUGCAUCGUUUGUAAGAGUGGCUCUUCUGAAUCACCUAACGAGAUUGUCUUAUGUGAUCGAUGCAGUAUUGGAUAUCAUCAACAGUGCCAUUCACCACAGAUACCAGAAUCGGUUUUGAAGCCGGACGUUCCGUGGUUAUGCCAUUAUUGUCAGUCGAGUGAAAUUUGCCCAUAUUUUGUAAAAAAUCCUUUUACUGACGAUAAAGGAGGAAAUUUUAAUAAUAAGAAAAAGCCAAUAGAUAAAAAGCUACGAAAGAAUCCAUUUCCAGAUCCUACUUUAACCUCACCUAAAGAUGCUGUGAUUGACCCGAAGAAAAGCGCUACUAAGAAUACAAGAGUGUCCAUACGAAAAACCAUUAGUAAACGGAAGCGAGAUCUAGACACGGAUGAAUCUGAACAAGAGACUGCUGAAGAUGAAGACGAAGAGGAAGAUGGAGAUGUUGAUUAUCAAGAUACAUUCCGAAAGAGAAGGCGAGCUGCAGUAGUAGCCAGGAAACGUGUCCAAAAAUACAUGAAUGAAACUGGAGUCGCUAGCGAUACUGAUACUGAGAAUGCAAAUGCCAGCAAGAAAAACAACGAUGCCGAUUUUAAUAUAAAUUCUGUUAAUACACACGGUAGUGUAGGGAUAGGACUAUUAACCGAGAAUAGGAUUUCAAGUAGUUUUCCUAUGGCAUCAUCUGGCGGUUUUGGAACUUCUCCAAAUCUUAGCUUAAAUAAUAACUAUAGUAUGAGCGGAGUACGAAUUCAAUCUCCUGUUAUGAUGCCUCAAAUGAAUAGCAUGAUAAGCGAUCAUGCCAUACAUAAUAAUCCGAAUCAAAUAUUUAAUAUGGCUAAUGGCCUUAUGAAAUCGCCUCCUGUUCAUUCACCAACUUUAGGAACUUUAACCUCACCCAUGGGUAAUGAUAUGCAGACAUCACCUACCUUUGUUAAUGAAAGCUUUCAGUCAUGCAGUAAUGUAAACCAACCAUCGUACUAUCAGCCUCAGCCGCAAGCGAUUAACAAUAUAGAUUAUCAAUCACAGCCUUUAUCUGGUUACAAUUCAUCUGCCCAAAAUUUUACAAAUCCAUCGCAUAUGCAACUAUCACCUCAGAUGACCCCACAGUACCCAAAUCCUUCACACGUUUAUUCUCAACAUCAUUCUCAUCACGUGCCUUCAAUGAUUCAUAGUCAAGACCCUCAUUAUCAACAUUUUCCUAACUUUCACAAUAUGCCAUCACAAGAAGUAGCUCCGUAUGGUGUCUCUCAGUAUAAUCAGUACCAUUGGUUAGGUCAUCCACAGCAGCCCCAGACAAUACAGCACAUGCCAUCAUCUCAGUAUGCGGUGUCACCGAUACAAUCCGUAAGCGGCAGUCUUGGUAUGACUGGACCUGCCAAUCAGCAGUUCUCUAUAGGACAGCCUGAACAAGCACCAUCACAAAAAUUGUCGCAUAGUACUGACCACCAAUUAUCAACGAAUAACCUACCUAAUGUUACAAAUUUUAAUGCAAGCAAUUCUUUUGCAAUUUGCAAUGAAACAAAAGAUAACAUAGAUAAAUUGAACACUAAGGAAGUACUGUCAAUAUCAACUGAAGCCAGUAUUUUAGACGUUGCCACCAAGACGCCGACUAUACGAGGUCAAAGUAAGAAAUCAGAUACUGAUAGUAGUAUUGAAAAGGAAACAGUUACCAAGGUUACUACAGGAGAACAGUUUGAAACAGCCGAAACUUUAAAAUCUCAAGUUAAAGCAUAUGAUAUCCCAAAAAAUAAACAGAAUGAUAACCAUAACUCAGUUGAAUUUCACCAUCUACAAGAAUCAAAUUCAGUGAGAUAUAGAGAAGAACGCGAUAAAGAUGUAUCACACUUAAAUACCGAAAUAUUUCAGAAGCAGACAUCUGGGAACUUAUCUAACGCUACUGAAGGUAAUAGAAACUCUGUCAUUAAGGAAUCAUCGGACAACCCUAUUAGCAAUCCGAAUCAGACUGACAAAACGUCGAUUAAUCUGGAAGAAAAUCAAAUAUGUCCGAAAACCAAAGUGAAGAAAGAUGGGAAAGACGAUUCAUUUAAGUCCGAUGAUGGCAUUAGUAAGAACGAAAAAUCUAAAAACGAAAGCAAUGCCGAUGAAAUUAAAUCUAAAAUAGAAGCGGACGCUUCCUCUAAAAGAAAUAAAAUGAACGACACAGCAAAUUCUAGUGAUAAGUCAGCAACAAAUGAACCUAAUCAACAAAUUUGUGAUUCCACGAAAGAUUCUAAAGAUGGCUUAAAGCAUGCCAAAGAACAGCGAAACCUGGAAGAAGUAGAUAAUAAGUCAAACAAUUACGAUAAGGAUAUUCAUAGAGGUCGUAUAUUGACAGAUCCUGAAACUAAUGCUCGUGGUGCAUUGGAUAACAUAAAGUCUACUCCUUGUAGUGGUGACACUCGCACAUGUGUAAUUAACUUUACGUACGCAUCAGCAUUUCUCUACUACCUGGUAAUGCUUUAUAGUAGCUAUAAUAAUGCUUAUGAGGAGAAAGUAUGGAAUGACCAUCACUUAAAAUUACGGCUAAAACGUCGGUGCUUCACCUUGUAA